AUGAAGUACUUGGACGUGCUGGGUGAAAAUUGCCAAGAAUUAGACAUGAUUGAUACGUUUAGCAAGUAUUUGCUAGAUGUGAAUGCCACUACCAUUUUCUCUACAAAACUAGAUUUGUAUAAAUCUCCGACAGAUGGCGACACUACUAGUGAACACCCGUUUGUUUUUCACGCGAGAGAAGAGUUUGUGUUUAAGGGCUGGAAAGAGAUGGCGUCACUAGUGUUACCAAAUUUUGUCCUCAAAGGUUUGGGGGAUAAGAAAGCGACUAAAUUUUACCAAAACGUCAUCCGCCAUCUAUUGAAGGAUAGACGCGAUAAUCCGGGUAAAAAACAUCACGAUUUUGUUCAGAUGCUUAUGGAUGCUGAGGUAACCGAUAGAAAGCCUGGCGAUGGUAGUGCCACCACUCAGGAUAAUAGUGAAAUGCAUCAUGUUAAUCAAGGCGAGAAGUCGUUAGCCGUCGAGCGAAAAGUGAUGGACAUUAAGAUUAGGGACAAACGGUUGACGGAGGACGAGGUCGUCGCUCAGGGAUACGUAUUCAUGAGGGGCGGGAUAGUGCCGAUCACAACGACACUAGCGUUUACGGCAUACGAGCUCUCUUUAAACCCUGACUGUCAGCGCCGCCUACGCCACGAGAUUUCAGACGCUAUUAGCGCCACCACCGGUGAGAUAGCGUACGAGGUGUUGGCACGACUACCCUAUUUGGAUGCCGUCGUGUCGGAAACCCUGCGCCUACACGUCGCACCUCUUUCCCUGUUUAGGUACCCGUCCGCUGACUAUAGGUUAGGCGAUACGGGUAUUACUUUGAAGGCCGGGCAACAGAUAGAGAUUCCCGGCUACGCCAUACACCUGUCCGAUGAGAAUUAUCCCGAUGCUUUUAAGUAUGACCCUGAUAGAUUUAUGCCCGAGAAUAAACAUCUUAUUAAGCCGUAUACAUACCUGCCCUUCGGGGGCGGCCCUCGUAAUUGUGUUGGGAUGCGAUUAGCGUUAUUAGAAAUCAAGAUAUGUUUGGCUCAUAUGGUGUUGAAGUAUCAGUUCGUCAGGACUCCCAAAACGGACGUCCCGUUGCAAUAUCAACGGUCUAUUCAAAUGAUUUAUCCCAAGCGUAUUUUUGUCGGAAUUGAGAAAAUUGCCUAAUUGUUAGAUUAACCUUGCUUAUUCUCAGUAAUUGA